GAAUCCCAUUAUUUAUAUUGUAUAUGGAAAGCAGCUAGAGAUGAUAUCCCUAAUACCAAUAAAAGAAAAAAUAAAAAAUAAAAAAAUAAAGAAACAAAAAAUUAAUUAUUUGGUUGUAAAACCAAAUUCCCAACUUGAACUUCCAAAAAGUCUAAAGACAUUGAAAUUAAGUAAUCAAAAUCAAGACCGUUGACCAUGUUAUAAAUGCAUACCUUUUUCUUGCACGCUUUUCAAUAUGUCCAUUAGAAUCAUAUUUCUUUAGCACUGUAAAACCACAGCAAAAAGAAAUGCCAAGUGACGACGUCGUUUCAGCAGCUCCGGGGGCUUUCAGGCUUCGGUGGGAUGUGUUCCUGAGCUUCAGAGGCGAGGACACCCGUGGAACCAUCACUAAGAAUAUCUAUGAGUCUCUUCUGAAACAUGGCGUACGAGUCUUUCUAGACAACGAUGGCUUGAACCGCGGAGACGAGAUCGCCCCAAGUUUACUCGAGGCGAUCGAGGAUUCGGCCGCUUGUAUCGUUGUUUUUUCGCCGAGAUAUGCUGACUCCAGGUGGUGCCUGGAGGAGCUUGCAAAGAUAUCGGAGUGCCGGAGACUUAUCCUUCCGGUGUUCUACGGAGUUGAUCCGUCUGAUGUCCGACGACAGAGGGGACCUUUCGAAGAGCACUUUAGGAUUCAUGAAGAAAGGUUUGGAGUGGAGAGGGUUUUGAGGUGGAGGAAAGCCAUGGAUAAAGUUGGUGGAAUAGCUGGUUUUCACUUGUGGGUUUUCAGGAACAGCGAAGAAACAGAAAAGAUUCAAUCUUUAGUGAAAAGGGUUUUGAAGGAAAUAAACAACACUCCAAUUAGUGUCGCAGCAUAUACCGUUGGAAUCGAAUCCCGAGUUCAAAAACUGAUGACAAUGUUGGAUGUUAAAUCAAAUGGCACUCGAAUUCUGGGAUUGCAUGGUAUAGGUGGGGUCGGCAAGACAACUCUUGCCAAGGCUCUCUACAAUAAACUUGCCGGUCACUUCGAGUUUCGAAGUUUUAUAUCAAAUGUAAGAGAAAUUUCAACAGAUCAAAUUGAUAAUAUUGGUCUUAUAUCGCUGCAAAACAAACUUAUCAAUGAUCUUUCCGGUCAUUCGGUGCCUCCUGAGAAAGAUGUCAAUGCUGGAAUUUCUGCAAUCACAAAGAAAGUAAACGAAAAUCGAGUUCUUAUCGUUUUGGAUGAUGUUGAUAAUGUUAGCCAACUAAAUGCUCUGACUGGAAACAAAGACUGGUUUCAUGAAGGAAGUAGAAUCAUUAUUACCACUAGAAAUACAAAAGUUUUUCCCGAUCAUCUUGAGACUGAGUUGUAUGAGGUCAGAGAGUUGAAUUGGGAUGAAGCAUUAGAACUUUUUAGUUACCAUGCAUUCAGGAAAGAAAAACCGCCAGAAAACUUCUUCCAUUUGUCGCAGGAAAUUGUAUCUCUUACAGGUAGAUUACCAUUGGCUUUGGAAGUAUUUGGAUCUUCAUUGUUUGAUAAGAGGAGAAUAAGGGAAUGGGAAGAUGCUCUUCUGAAAUUGAAGGGUAUUCGACCACUUGAUCUUCAGAAUGUGCUAAAACUAAGUUAUGAUGGGUUGGAUGAACAGGAGAAGUGUAUAUUCCUAGAUAUUGCAUGUUUAUUUAAUAAAAUGGACAUGAAAAGAAAACAUGCAAUUGAUAUAUUUAAGGGAUGUGGAUUUGCUGCAGAAAUAGCAAUUUCAGAUCUAACAGCAAAAUCUCUCAUUAAGAUAAACAAGGACAAGACUCUGUGGAUGCAUGAUCAAGUUAGAGACAUGGGAAGACAAAUUGUUACACUUGAGAAUAUGGAAGAUCCUGGAAUGCGUAGUAGACUAUGGGACCGUAAUGAAAUCAUGUCCAUCUUGACGGAUCAUAAUCAUGAGGGAGAGAAACCCAUACAGGGAAUUGUCCUAGACUUUGCAAAGAAAAGCUCGGUGAAAGAUCUAAGCAGUGAAGCAAUCUCUUGGAAUAAAUUUCGAAGAAAACCCAAUUUCAACUCUGCAACCAAUUACAUCAAGCAAAAGUGCAAACGUCCACUUCAAGAACAAUUGGAGAAAGAGGAAGAUGAUAAUGAUAUAUCCAGUUCCAAGUCAAUUGAAAAUAUGUCCAAACUUAGACUGCUUCAAAUCAACCAUGUAAACUAUCGAUCAGGGAAGUUCAAAUCUCUUCCCUCACUAAAGUGGAUUCAAUGGAAAGGUUGUCCUUUGAAAACUCUUCCUUUUCAUUUCUAUCCUCCACAACUUGCUGUCCUUGAUGUCUCAGAAAGCCAAAUUCAACACUUGCGCAACUCUAAGAAGGUGGCUCAGAACCUGAUAAUAAUGAAUCUUCGUGAGUGCCAUGCAAUAGCUGCAAUUCCUGAUCUGUCUGGGCAUAAGAAAUUGGAAAAGCUUAUUCUCGAGAACUGCAGGAGAUUAGUAAAGAUUCAUAAAUCUAUUGGGAGUAACAUGAAUUCAUUGAUUUGCUUGAAUCUAAGAGGCUGUUCAAAUCUUAAUGAACUUCCAACUGAUGUCUCUGGCCUGAAAAAACUUGAAAGCCUUAUUCUCUCUGGUUGUUCAAAACUGAAACAACUCCCACAAAACAUAGGCACCAUGAAAGCUUUGAAAAAGCUUCUACUCGAUGAGACUGCGAUUUUGAACCUUCCUGAAUGCAUUUUUCGUCUCUCACAUCUAGAAAAGCUCAGCUUAAAUCGUUGUGAACUGUUGAAAAGACUACCAUGUUGCAUUGGCCAGCUGGUUUCUCUCAAGAAACUUUCCCUGAAUGGAUCCGGAUUAGAAGAAUUGCCGGAUUCUAUUGGAUCAUUGGCAAACCUCGAGGAACUAAGUGUGAUGUGGUGUUCUUCAUUGACUAUACUUCCUGAUUCCAUUAAAAAUCUCAAGUCAUUGGUUGAGUUCUUUGUUCUAGGCAGUCCAAUUGAAAAACUACCUGAACUCUCUGUUGGCUCACUACCAAACUUGAAGGAGUUAUCAGUGGGAAAAGGAUUAUACUUUAAGGAAUUGCCUAAUUCUAUUCAUUAUGUGAAUUCCAUGGUUGGGCUUCACAUAAAUGGGACAUCAAUAACAAGUCUUCCUGAUCAGAUUGGAGAGUUGAAAUUACUUGAGAAGCUUGAGAUGAGAAACUGUAGAUUUCUUACAUCAUUACCUGCAUCGAUUGGAGGCCUAACAAGACUAAUUACGUUCAUCAUAUAUGAAGCUGAUCAAAUCACUGGGCUGCCAGAGUCCAUGGGGAUGUUAGAAAACCUUGCAAUGCUGCAACUGACCAAAUGUAAAAAGCUCAUUAAGCUUCCUUCUUCAAUAGGAAGUUUGAUGUCCUUGAACCGCUUGUUGAUGGAGGAUACUGGUGUGACAGAAUUGCCGGAAAGCUUUGGAAUGCUUUCGAGCUUAAUAUUUUUAAAAAUGUCUACAAUGAGAAGGCACAUGGAAAGGGAAGUAGCAGUUGAGCAUGCUGUGAUUCCAACUUCUUUCUCGAAUCUUUCGUUGCUAAAUGAAUUCUAUGCUCGCGGUUGCAAUAUUUCUGGGAAAAUAGCUGAUGAUUUUGAGAAGUUGUCAUCAUUAGAAAUUUUGGAUCUAAGCCACAAUCAAAUUUCAUGCCUUCCCUCCUGCUUGAGAGGAAUGUCCAUCCUCAAAAAGCUAUUGUUGCCUCAUUGCAAAUACCUCAAGUCUCUCCCUCCACUGCCCUCGAGCUUGCUAGAGUUAAAUGCCGCAAACUGCAGUGCAUUGGAAACUAUUUCAGAUCUUUCAAACUUGGUGAGAUUAAAUCAGCUGAACCUUACAAGUUGUGAGAAAGUGAGGGAACUUCCAGGCCUUGAAUGCUUGAAGUCCUUGACGAGGUUGUACAUGACUGGUUGCAGUGCCUGUUCAUCCGAGGUUAAAAGAAUACUAGCCAAGGGGUAUUUGAUGAGCAUACGCAAUCUGAGUAUGCCUGGAGACAAGAUUCCCGAUUGGUUUUCUCAAGACGAGGUCACAUUUUCAGAAUACAAAAACUGCGCAAUCAAAGGUGUAAUUAUAGGUGUAGUUGUGUCUCUCAACAAUCAGAUAACAGAUGAGAUGAGAGAAGAGUAUCCUGCUAUAGUUGACAUACAAGCUAAGAUUCUGAAAUUGGAUUAUUGGAUAUACAGCACAACUUUGUACUUAAUGGGAGUACCGAAUACGAAUGAAGAACAGGUGCAUUUGUGCCGGUAUCCGCCAUUUCAUCCGUUGGUUUCUCAGCUAAAACAUGGCUACAAGAUACAGAUAACCAAGAGGGACAUCCCUAUGAUGAAUGGGGUUGAGCUGAAAAAGAGUGGGAUUUAUUUGGUUUAUGAAGGAGAUGAUGAUUAUGAGGGAGACGAAGAAUCAUUGAAUGACAAUCAGCAAUCUGUUUCAGAAAAACUAGCAAAGUUCUUUGCAACUUUUUCGGGAAUAAAUUAAAAUAAAAUAGCCCAUAUAUUAUAAUCA